GUUACAUUUGUUAAAUGCGCCACAGUUCGGUGGAAGCACAACAUCGGCGGCGGGCUUCACUCGGAGUUUACACACGGACAAUCAAGUUUAUUCGCCGGAUACUCUUUUAAUUGUCGAGUUCAUUCCACUCGGACGAGGUUUAAACAUGGUGAAAGUCACAUUUAACUCCGCUUUGGCGCAGAAGGAGCUGAAGAAAGGCGAGAAGGACGAGGCUCUGAUCCCUCAGGAGGGGGAUGUGGAGCAGGUGGUACGAGUCAGACAGCAGUCCUGGGCCUGGUGCUGGUGCAUGUGUCUUGGUCUGGCCCUCAUGCUGUCCGGUGUGGUUGUGGGCGGAGCUUACCUGUACAAGCAUUACAUCGUUGAGGGUGCAGUGAGCGCCGAGCGCGACCCUGACGGUGCUGUUGCUCUGCAGGAGGAGGGCGUGUAUUUCUGCGGCGUCAGCUACAGCGAGGAGCGCUUUAUGAUCCGCGACGACUACGAGGAGCCCGGGGUGGCCCUCAAGAGACUCGACGAGCGCGUGCGAAUCCUGGAGACAGAGCAAGUGGAGCUGAUCAGCGUCCCCGUGCCGGAGUUCAGCGACAGCAACGCCGCAGAGAUCGUUCACGACUUCGUCCUGCGUCUGACGGCUUACCUGGAUUUGAGUCUGAACAAGUGUUACAUCACCACUCUGAACACGUCCGUCGUCAUGCCGCCCAGAGACCUGCUCGAUCUGCUCAUCAACAUCAGGGCUGGCACCUACCUGCCACAGUCGUACAUGGUGCGUGAGCAGAUGGUCGUGACAGAAAAAGUGGAAGAUUUGGAGCAGCUCGGUCAAUCCAUCUACAUGCUGUGCAAAGACAAGGACACUUACAAACUCCAGCGCAGGGACACCUUAUUAGGCAUUCAGAAGCGCGAGGCUCUCAACUGCCACACGAUUCGCCAUUUUGAGAACAGGUUCGUUUUGGAGACCAAGAUCUGCGAGUAGUUCCAGCACGAAGACUCUUCUCUGAGAAAUUCCACUCGGGUGCAGUGAGAUCAUCACCUCUGACCCCAUGCUUUUUCCUCUUCCGAAGCUCUUCCUGUUUCCUGUGUGUGUGUGGUGCUCUUCUGCUUUUCUGACCUUUUCCUCCGUACAGCAGCAGGACGGUGGAGAUGGAGAGGAAAGUGUGUAUCUACAACCCUCUCUCUCUCUCUUUCACUCUCUACGUGAACUAACAGUUUCACGUGGGCUUUUUGUAAGAUAAGGAUGAUUUAUUUUGGUGGUAGUUUGACUUUUUUUGUAAGAUCAGCUCAAAGAGCACAAAUUAAAAUUCCCUGAAAGAACUUCAGACACAUUUUGUAUAGCGCAAGGCACCUGUAUAAACACGAGGCAAUAAAAAUCACUUAGGUGUCUUUUAUAAAAACUGUGAAAUUUCUAAAUCACAGACUCGUUCAGCAUAUUGUACACUGGAACGUGUGAAUAUGUAGGAGAUGAUAAAUAUAUAAAUAUAUAUAUAUAUAUUAGUCACCGCUUAACUCCACCAUCUUGUACACUGGAGCUUCAUGAAAUAAACACACACUGUAGGAGUGAUACAGUAGUUAGAGAUUUUUUUUCCCUUCUUGACUGCUUUUAUUAACUGUAAUACUAAUCCAGUAAGAGAAAGUACAGGACAUUUUAUUCUAAACAUAACUGCAGUAAGAGAUCAGGAGAAUCGUAUAGAAGGUUUAUUUCAGAACUUUCACAUUAGAGCAUGUAACAUGUUUUAUGUCUUAUACCACAGAUCUUUAUCUCAGUUAAACACGUUGUGUUGAUUUUAUUGUGGAUAAUAACAUUUACAAUAAAAAUAAAUAAGUGUGAAAGGUUAAUUCAAUAAAACUGGACCACUUCCA